AUGGCAUCCGAGGUAGCCAAAUUUCUGAUGAAACAAUACACAGAUUCCAUCGAUGAAGACGAUUCACAAUCUUCGGAUGCAAUCUUUGCCAGGUUCAAAGCCAUCAGUAAGGAGUUGAAGUCUAAAAGUACAGCGUUAAGCAUCCCUGAAAAGAUUUCAUGUCUUUCCGAUCUGAACGACGCCCUCACCGAGUGGGGGAUCCUCAAGGAGCAGAACAAGUCGAUCAGGAGGAUUUUCUUCUGCCAUGAUCGUGUGGCUCGCUUCAGAGAGCGCUCAGCUAUCAACGGUAGACUCAACGACAUCGAAACAUCGAUAAACCGCCAGGAAGAUUCUUCGAUCUCCGUCCAAUCGAACCAACGAAAUUUUCGGCCGGCUGAUGAUCAUAGUCCAACCGACUCACCAACUCGAACUAGUUCUAUCGAGGUCGACAAGUCCUCCAAUAAACUCGAGGAGAAAAUGGUUGGUUGGCUCUUGACGCCGGGGGAUGACUUCACGGCCGUCGGGAUUUGUGGGAUGAGUGGUUCGGGCAAGACGGCGCUUGUUAAAAACGUUUUGGAACAAAAAGCCGUUACAGACAAAUUCAAGCGUAUCAUUUGGGCUCCCCUCUCGGAUUUUAUAACCUGCGAGGAAGAGAUAGAUGUCAGGGUUGUUGAAUAUCUGCUGUAUCGUUUGGGCUUAGAUACUGAUAGCGUGGUGGGCAGUUUCGAUGAAAAUAAGGACGGGCUCAUGGAGGAACUAGUGCGUCAAUUACGGAACUCCGAGAAUUAUAUUUUAGUGUUGGAUGACAUGUGGCACUGUAGUGAUUGGUUUGCUGAUCAUUUCUUAGGCAGAUUGAAGAAAAUGAAGGGCGGUGCUGCCAUUGCAACCAGCCGCAGAAAAACCGUGGCUCGAAAAUUCGGUGGAAAGGAUAGACUGAUUCAUCUACCACCUUCAGGUUACAGGGAAAGCGCAUUUCCUCCGGAUAUUGAGACCCAAUCCCAGCCGUCCGCUAGUAAAUCAAACCAGUGAACCUGUCUUCAGCAGGCCAUGACGUCAAGAGCUUUGGAUGGAUUGUUGAGUAGUUAGAUUAGACUGGUUUGAUUUCUCCGGUGGCCACCGAGGAGCUAGGAAAGGAAAGCAUGUU